CUCGCACACGCUUGCGUUGAGGAGGCGAUAGGGGCGGUGAGGGGUGUGUUGCUGGUGGUCACACAUAGAGCGGGUUUAGAGGACAAUAGUAUUUGGAAAGGGCAAAUAGACUCUCUCGUGAUCAGUAACCCCCUUCAUCAAUGAAUAAGCCUAUACCUUACAGUUACAGAGACCUUACGCUGUCCUGUCCCAACCGCUAGGGGCAGCCUUGUGGCUAUCCGAUAUCCUUCAUCUCUUUAAUGCCAUUUGUGCCAUGACUUUUGAUGUAGUCCCUUUGUGGUAAAGUCUCAGACUUCCCUGCGUCCCAUUUUUCCUCCGUGUACACGGGGUCUUAGUGCAGUGCGCGUUACAUGCAGAUAGUCCUGUGAUGCUCUGUGCUGCUCCUCAUUAGUCACCAUGAACGCCAUAAACGACUCCUAUGUCUCUAUUAAAGACAUUAAGACCGGGCAGAAAAACUUAAAUAUCGUCUUUAUUGUCCUGGAGAUCGGCAGAGUUACAAAAACAAAAGAUGGUCAUGAAGUGAGGUCCUGCAAAGUGGCAGAUAAAACGGGCAGCAUCACUGUCUCAGUGUGGGAUGAAAUUGGAAGCCUUAUUCAGCCAGGAGACAUAAUUCGUUUAACAAGAGGGUAUGCGUCGCUGUGGAAAGGCUGCCUAACGCUGUACAGUGGAAGAGGAGGUGAACUUCAGAAAAUAGGAGAGCCAGGUACGGUGCAGGCGGCCGCAAUGCGAGCUUCCACACACUACCCUGACUGGAGGGACCACCCUCUAGGGCUGUGAAAAG